CCCAAGCCGCUGGCUGAACUGCCUGGGCGCCCGCCCAUCUUUUGGCCCGGUGUGGUGCAGGGCUCGCCAUGGAGGGACCCGCGCCUGGCCGGCCCGGCCCAAGCCGGUGGGGUCCUGGACAAGGACGGCAAAAAGAAGCACUCGCGGCCGACCUUCUCCGGCCAGCAGAUCUUCGCGUUGGAGAAGACUUUCGAACAGACCAAGUACCUAGCGGGCCCGGAACGCGCGCGACUCGCCUACUCCCUGGGCAUGACCGAGAGCCAGGUUAAAGUGUGGUUCCAGAACCGCCGGACCAAGUGGCGCAAGCGGCACGCGGCGGAGAUGGCCUCGGCCAAGAAAAAGCAGGACUCGGACGCGGAGAAAUUGAAGGUGGGCGGUUCGGACGCUGAGGACGAUGACGAGUACAACCGGCCCCUAGACCCCAACUCAGACGACGAAAAGAUCACACGGCUGCUCAAGAAGCACAAACCCUCGAACUUGGCGCUAGUCAGCCCGUGCGGCGGCGGCGCGGGGGACACUUUGUGAAGAUGUGGCAGCGAGGCCAGAGCAACCAGGGUACAGGGCGCGGGGCGGCGCCCCCCGACGUGAGCCGCCCCCGCCGGAGGGUGUAUAUAUAUUUUUAC